AUGGAUAAUAAUGUGAAUAGUUUAUAAGUUGUAGAAUAAUAAGCAUCUUAAAAAAUUCAUUAAAGCAAUAUCAAAAGCGUUUAGAUAGAUUAUAAUUCUUUGUUAAAAUAUACAACAAGUUGUGAUAUACAAAAGAAUGAAAUUGAUUAACUCAUGAAAAUGUUCAAACGUAUGGAUUAUAAUAAAGUUGGAUUCUUAAGUUAUCAUGAUAUGAUGGAUUUAUUAAAAGGUAUUUGAUAAAUAUUUGAUAAGAAUUUGGAUUUGAAAUAAAUGAAAAUUGUAAAGAGAAGAUUUUUAAGGAAAUGGAGGAUAGAAACACAACAAAACUAGAUUUUUAAACUUUAUUAUAUAUUACUAGAGUUUGUAAAGAUUUAGAAUGUAAAGCUAAAGAAAAUGAAGAAUAAAUAUAAUAUAGUGAAUUUAGUAAUUGAUUAUAUAAUUAUUGUAGUUGAUGCAUUUGUAGCUUUAGGAGGUGAACCUGAUGCAAGUGGUUAUGUACAUAAAAAUAAAAUAAUUGAAAUAUUAUCAGUUGAAUUUGAUUUGAAUUUUGAUAUUGAUGAAUUGUUAGAAUAAUUAGAAGUUUCAAAUGAAAGUUUGGAUUUUGAUACAUUUCGUAAUUUGUUUAGAGCAGAAAAUAAGAAAUCAAUAAAAAGAAAUAGUAGUUUAUUAUCAGUAUGAAUUAAAUUUAAAUUAAUUAGCUUUUAUCUCAUAGAUCCUUAACUCAAAGAUCAACAUCUAGUAUAUCAACUGUUAAAAUUAGAAUGAAGGAUUUUGAAAGAUUUCUAGAAAAACUAUAAUAAGAGGAUAAUGAUAAUAUUAGUUCUCCUUCUCCUAAAAAAUGA